GCUUGACUGUUGUGUGUACUAAUACGCAGUUACAACUCAAGUUUUUUUUUAUAUUAUUAAUUUGGUUAUACGAAUAUAAGUUCAUAUCAAAGAGUGUUUAGAAUUGUUUAUAAUUAUAAGAAGAAUAAAUAAACUUAGAUUCAGUUUAAUUAAAAUCUUGUGUUCCAACUUUCUUCAUAAUCCCAACAUUAAAAAUGUUCACUUCACAGCAUUCGAUAUGUCUGGGCAUGAUCGGUACCGAUCACUGUGGGAACAUUAUUACAAAGAUUGUCAAGGAAUAAUUUUUAUUAUUGACAGCAGCGAUAAACUACGAUUGGUUGUCGUCAAAGAAGAACUAGAUAUGUUACUUCAGCAUCCAGAUAUUGUUGGACGCAAAAUUCCGAUCUUAUUUUUGGCAAAUAAAAUGGAUUUACCGGAUUCAUUAACGGCUGUCAAGCUUGUUGCAGCUCUAGGACUCGACAGAAUCCACAAUAAACCUUGGCAUAUACGAGCUACGAAUGCCGUUACUGGAGAUGGGUUACAAGCGGCUAUUGAAUGGCUCACCGAUCAAAUUCGUGAUAUUUAUAUCAAUAAUAAAAGAUAAUACUGAUGGAAAUGAAAAACAGAAGUUUAAACUCCCAUGUAAAUACUGAAUAUAGACGUUGAUAAAAUAAUUACUAAACACCAUUCAAUUAUACAG